AUGCCGGUUUCGGGUCCAAUAAUUAAAGAAAAAGCAUUGCAUUUUGCAAAUGAACUGGAAAUAAGUGAAUUCAAAGCCUCUAAUGGAUGGCUAGAUAAGUGGAAAGACCGCCAUUCUAUCAAGGAAUUUAAAGUUUCAAUAGAAAGUGCAGGUGUCGAUCAAAAUGUUGUUGAAAAUUUUAAAUCUAGAAUUCCUGAAGUCGUUGGAGAUUACUCGUUAGAUGAUGUUUUCAAUUGUGAUGAGACAGGGCUUUAUUAUAGAACUUUACCUGAUAAGACACUUUCAGUAAAGGUUCUAUCUGACCGUCUUCUGAAAGUACGUAGAACAUAUUGUAUAAGGUACAAAUCUAAAGCUAAUGAAAAACAUGUCUGUUUUGAACCUGCAGGUAUAUUUUACUACCUGCAGGUGUAA